CCCAAAAGCCACACGCCUCGCACAUUUCACAAACAGACACAAAGAAAGAGACCUUCCAUAUCUCCAUGAGAGUCAGAGCUUCUCUCAACGCCUUCUUCUUCUUCCUCCAAUCCCACGCAGAAGCUUCGCGAAACGCCUCUGGAUCAUCGUCCCUAAUGUGGGUUCCAGCUUUGAAGGUGUCAUAAUUUGUUGAAUUGGUAUGAGAGAUUGAUUCAAGAAACAAAGAGAAAUGGAAGCUUAUACUGACAAUUCCCCAAGAAUGAGAUUGGAUCAUUCAAAGAAAGAGGGAUCCGAAGAAACCCAUUUGUUGAGAUUUGAGUUAGAACCUCCUGGUAACGAUCAUAGGUUCCAUUCAAUGAAUGCUCUGGAGAUUUUGAGGGAAACUGUGAGAAUUCUCCGGUACAAUUCGUGGGGCUUUUUGGCCAUUGCCGCCUUGCUAAUUUGCCCUUUGUCUGCCUUGCUUUUGUCGAAUUUGCUAGUUGAUCAGUCACUUGUAAAGAGACUAACCAUUAGGAUGUUGUUAAUUGCCAAGUCCAGUGGCCUCCCUUUGAGGGAUUUUAUCAGUCAUUCUUGCCAGAGGUUUGCUGAGAUGGCUAUCUCAUCCACUAUGUGCUUUCCUCUGUACAUCACAUUGUCUUUGUUGUCGAAAGCCGCCGUGGUUUACUCUGUGUAUUGUAGUUACUCCCUGAAGAAGUUUGAUGUAUCCCAGUUUUACUUAAUUAUGUGCAAAAUAUGGAGACGGCUUCUUUCGACGUAUGUGUGGAUGUGUAUGGUGGUUGUGGGUUGCCUCAUCUUGUUUUUGAUUCUUCUUCUUGCUGUGUGCAAUACAUGUUCCAUAGUUGGGUUGUCACCUCCUCAUAUUGUAUAUGCUGCAAUGGCGGUUGGCCUCAUCUUCUCGGUUAUUUUUGCCAAUGCUAUUAUUAUUUGCAACAUUGCUAUUGUGAUCUCUGUGUUGGAGGAUGUCUCAGGACCAGAGGCAUUGGUUCAGUCUGGGGUUUUAAUCAAGGGCCAGACUCAGGUGGGUCUUUUGAUAUUUCUUGGAUCAACAAUCGGAAUGGCAUUUGUUGAGGGGCUGUUUGAGCACAGAGUGAAGACGUUGAGCUACGGAGAUGGGUCUUCUCGCGUAUGGGAAGGGCCUCUUUUGGUGAUCAUGUAUUCGUUCGUGGUGCUCAUCGACUCCAUGAUGAGUGCUGUUUUCUACUUCAGCUGCAGAUCUUUUAAGAUGGAAACAUCUUUAGACAGCGAGUCUCAUUCAAUUUUGGAAACCAUAAACUUUUCUUCUGAAUCAGUUGGUAUUCAAUGACACCAUAUGUACCACCAGCACAACCUUUUUUAUUCAAUAAUUUUGAAGAUGGGAGCUGCUAUAUGAAAAAUUAGGAUUUCAUUGCCGGUUCGUGGUACCACCUGAUCAAACAGUGCAAACUUGUGCCUUGGUAGAACUUUCAAGACAAGGGUUCAUGGCAGGCGGUAAUCUCUAAGUGCAUUUCAGCUAGUUGACAUAUGCUUCAUAUGAGUGCAAACUUUGACUUCUUGAGGGAGAUAGAAGGGAGGAUGAAGAAUGAGAGAGGUAUCUGAAGGUCUGGAAAUUGCAAAGAACUGAUGUGAAGGUGUCAAUUUGCUUCAAAAAUGAAUUUACAAAUCCAUAGUUCAAUUCAACUAGUGUCAUUAAUACGUGUAGUCACGCCACUUAUCAAAAUUUAUUUAUUGACUUUUUUAUUUCCUUUAAAU